AUAAAACAGUAGCGCUGGGACUCUAUUGUCUCCCCAGACGUUAACUGUGUGCCUGCAGGACCUCAGCCACCAUCACAAUGCCACCCAAAAAGGCCAAGAAGAAGGAAGCAGCCAGCUCCAAUGUGUUCACCAUGUUCGAGCAGUCUCAGAUUCAGGAAUUCAAAGAGGCGUUCACCAUUAUGGACCAGAACAGAGACGGAUUCAUUGACAAGAAUGAUCUCAGAGACACUUUCGCCGCUGUAGGUCGUCUGAACGUAGGGAGUGAUGAGCUUGAUGACAUGCUAAAGGAAGCCCCAGGUCCCAUCAACUUCACAGUGUUCCUCAGCAUGUUUGGCGAGAAGCUCAAAGGUACUGACCCGGAGGAGAACAUUCUGAACGCCUUCAAGAUCUUCGACCCAGAGGGUACUGGUGUACUGAAGGGAGAUGAGAUCAAGUUUUACCUGAUGUCUCAAGCAGACAAAUUUACAGAAGCUGAGAUGAAUCAGAUGUUGCAGAUGUUCCCUCUGGACGUUUCUGGUAAUCUCGAUUACAAGAAUCUCUGCUAUGUGAUCACACAUGGAGAGGAAAAGGAGCAGGAGUGAGGAGACAGGGGAGUAAACUUUGAUUUGUAAUCACAUUCAUCACUGUCAUUGUCAUUACGCAUUGUCAGUACCUUUGUGGCUGAAUAUGAGCCUUGAGCUUUGAAGCCCAGAACAAUGUGUAUGUUGUGGUGUAACUAUGAAGAUGGAUAAAGACUCUCUGGAAUGUA